AACCCACAGUCUCCAGUGAAUGGCAUCUUGCUGGAUGAACCCCUGACGCUUGACUUUGAUCCAAUGAGUUUCCAGCUGUCUUCCCCGACAGAGACAAAACCCCCUGUCGACCUUGUCGACUCGUCCCCCGAGGACCCUCCCUUUGCUAACGAACCCCCAGAGAUUGCUAACGAUACUAACUACAAAUACAACCCAAAGUCCUACCUCCUGGACCUAGAAUCGCUGCAGGAACUGCAGGAUAACGUACAAUCGACGUCGUCUACGGCACAAGACGACGACGCGAUGGCAGAGGACGAUCGAGGCGAAACGACGUUGAACGACUCCGCUGCGCGCGACGACGCGGACCAGAGGCCGGACCUUCUCGUCGGUGUGACGGUGACUACGUCACCCGGAGGGCACCAGGCCUACAUACUCGAAGAGGACGAGGACGAGCUUGACCUCACCGACCCCAAGUCGGAGGACGACUCUCGGGAGGUCGACCUCUCCGUGGACGCGUCCGAGUCCUCGUCCAGUCUCAACCCGGAGAGUUCGAGUCCGCUGAACGGAGGGCCACCCGGUAGCAGUCCUCCGGCACAGCAGGAGGACGUGAUCGGCUCUCCGCUGGCUAAUCUUCCCGAGGAUGGAGUUGACGAGGAAGAAACACCUACGCCACCCCUGAGAGAUGAGAGCCGGCGUGGCGGCAGUUCGGUGCAAAUCGUCGACCUAUCUACUUCACCUUUGGACGAAGGCUUGGACAGUCCCGGUGCACGGGUUAACGGUACGACAGGAGGACAGUCGACAGCGGUAAGCUUUGCUUACCACGUGACCACGCCAGAGGAAACUGAAUCCCGACCGGAAGCAAUACCGGAGGAAGAAGAGGACGUAUAUGACGACGGCUUCGGCGGAGUCAGCAGCGCCGUCCAGGAGCUGGCCAGUUUCGUUGGCGAAAGCGCCGACCUGCCACAGGAUGGUCAGUUUGCAGAUUACGUGGUCAGCACGCCAGAGGACGAAGAGGACUCGGCUUGCAACGUCGAGGAUGACAGUUUCACCAGCCCCGUGCCCGAGAUGUCCCGAGAGACGCCGUCAGCCAUGAGUUCGGACAUGGACACGUCGUCGAGGACGACUAGCGUGGAGACGGUGGCGUGUGCCAGUCCGCUGAACCAUCAACAGGACGCCGCCAUCUUGAGAAGUCCUCAAGGACUGGAAGGCACCCCGCCGUCUCCCGAGCGUCGCGACGAGAUGUUUGACCCCGCGCGUAGCCCUAACAACCUUUGCACGACCCCCGUGUUGGCUUGCUCACCCACUGACACGGCAGAGGUUGCUGACUCGCCAGAGCUUGAGAGCAGUGAAGAUGAGUUUGAGUAUACGCCUGCGGGCGUUACAAAGUCCUCGGUCACCAAGAGCAAGCGAGUGGUGGCCAGCGCCCGGACGAGCAGCAAGGACGGCAUCACGCUGCAGCAGUCCAGCGUCACCUCGACCACCAGCCUGGACUCGCACACCGAGGUGGUCACUGGCAAGGGUGCCUACGAUGGCCUCAACGGCGUGACCGAUAAAACCGAGCUUACUAAUGGCACAGACGACGAUUAUUACCGACCCGAAAUCGAAUGCCCCGUGUCAGUAUCGAAGCUGAAGGACGUUUACAUAUCGUCCGGAAAAGACACUGUGGACGCGGAAGCCUUCAGAGAGAUCGCCGUGACCGGAAUUGACAUCAAGUCUCUGAAAUGUCAGUACGAACGGACAAUCAAGGAGAAUGGAAUACUGUCGCCAUCACGUGAGGUGAUUAGCACUGGCAUCGACUUCGAGUCCUUGAAGCACAGCUACAUCUCCCCCCUGAAUAACAAACACGAAGUGUUCAACCACCGCUUUGCCGAAGACAUCGUGCCGAUUGACAUAAAGUCUCUAAAGUCCAGCUUCACGAGCGUCCAGGAACAGGAGAGCCGUCACAGCGAGAGCGGCGUCAUCGAAGAGGUCAAGAUAGACAAGCAGAGGCUGCAGAACAAGUUCAACAAGAUCAAGAUCGACGAGAGCAAGUGUUUCUGCCGCAAGUGCGGCACCCACGUGUAUCCCGUGGAGCGCAUCAUCGCCGAGAAGAACUUCUACCACAAGAACUGCUUCAGAUGCAAGGAAUGCAACAAACUGCUCUCUGUGGACGGAUAUAUGUCCCAUGAGGCCGAGAUCUACUGCAAGAUCCACUUCAAGCAGCUGUUCCAACCCAAGGCUCGCUUCGACAACGACACCGGGCCACCGCUGGCCACGCCCGAAGAGGACGAUUCCCAAGAAGGUCGCCAACGUCGUCACGAAAUGAUAAUCCGCGAGAACAUACCCGAGGAGCUUCCCCCGGAUGUCGUCAGAUGCGACACGAAGACAGACGACGGCCUGCACAACAUCAACCUGGAUCUAGGGAACAUCAGGCAGCGCUUCGAGUCGCCGCAAGAGUCGGUGCCAUCCGUUGCCGACAGAUCUGCCCUGGGACGUUCCGAGAGUCUGCUCCAGAGGCUAGAGAAGUACCAGUCUGUUGCCGCUGGAGAAAGGAACGGGGAUGCCCACUCGUCCGCAGAAAGUGAAGACGAAGAUCCGUCCGUUGUCAGGGAGAAAAGGACAAAGGAAAAGGUCGUCUACGAAGGGCUCUCGUCGCUGAAGAGCCAGUGGGAGAGCGGUACAGUCAACAGCCACCAGGAGCGCACAGAGGAGACUAAAGAAGAGCUCGCCAAGCUGCGCAAGAAAAUGUGCCUGGGCCGCUCAGAGUCCAUGCGACAGGUGUACCAGAAGGCCGUGGAGGACGCCAACCGUAUCCAGGCCGGGCGGGCCGAACAGAUCAACGUGGAAGGCCAGGAGGCUCGUGCCACCUCCAUCAAGGAAAAGUUUGAGGCCGGUGUGGUGACCCAAGAGACCGAGGCCGAAAAGAUUGAGCGCCUCCAGCGCGAGAAGCAGGAGGAGCUCAGUGUUUUCAACGAGACAGGGAUCGCCCACGAGGCCAAGAACAUUUUCAAACAACUUGACGCCGAGGUGGCCCGCCAGUCUGGCGCUCCCUCCGCUUCACUGGCCCGCUCCCCUAGCAACCGCUGGAGUGUUACACGGCCUCAGGAGAACGCCGUCUCACCGGGCGACGUCGUUCGUUCCAGCGACCCCGUCCGGGACGUCGAGGUCGCCACCACCGAGGUGUCCGAACGCUUCAAGUUCUUCGAGAACUUCAAGGACGAUCCCAACAGCAAGCAGCGCAAGCGCUUCGAGAUGACACCGCCCCGCGAGGGCGCCAAGGAGCCGUCGCCCGAGUUCCAGCCCCCGCGCGACCCCAAUGUCGUCCGGGCCGCCGACCCGGCCGAGGAGGUCAUCGUCACGGACACCGCACGACGCAUGCGCGAGCGGUUCCGCGAGCUCGAGGUUAACGCGAGCCGCGAGGAGCCGCCCCAGGGUCCCAAGCCGCUCAAGAGGAUCACGCCUCCGCGCGAGUACACGCGAGACGACGCGCACGAGCCGUCGCCCGAGGUCCAGCGCGAUCCGGACAUCGUGCAGUGUUCGUACCGCGUUGAGGACGACAUCGUCGUCGAGGCGGACCGUGCCAAGAGCAUGCGGGCGCGCUUCGAGAACUGGGACGCCGAGCGCGAGGCCCGCGAGAGCCGGCGGAAUGGCGAGAACGCCGAUGAGGAGUGCCUGCCCAUGGCCGACACGGCCAAGACCCUGAGGGCCAAGUUCGAGGCGAUCCGGGACGAGUCCGAGCGCCAGGAGGCCCACAGGCCCAAGCCCAAGGUCAACAGAUUUGUGUGAAUGACCUGAAAGUGUUCGAGGCCUCCAUGGACAGCAGCAUCAGCACAAUGGGUUGGAGGACAUCGCCACCAGUUUGAAUGAAAAUGAAUAUUUUGCUAUGUCUGAAAAAACGUAUAUGCAGGACUGCUGUAGCAGUGUUCUUGCUACUCUAUUUGUAAUGCCAUGUCUUGUGUACAUAGUGUGUGUGUGUGUGUGUGUAGUAGCAAGAAUUACCUUGCCCAUAUUUGCUAUCCUGCAGUCCUUGCAACUGGAAAAUGUAUUUCGUAUCUCCUUGUAUAAAAAUGUUUGUGAAAGAGGAUGUGUUUUGACUUGGCCAUUUUUCAGGUUUUGCUGUUUUAUGUUCCAAAAGGCUAGUCUGUGUGCUUGGUACAUUCUGUGCCUGGUUCAGCUUCAUGUGUGUGCACUCGCAUGCAGCCAUCGCUACACAUGAGUUAUUAGAUCUCUUCACUGUGCCAGUUGAAGUUUCUUGUUCAUUUGGAGGUAGCAUGUGCAAGGUGUUUUUUGUCAUUUAGUGUCGACCAGAACUCUUGCCUGCUUUGCAAAGCACUUCAGAGGCUGCUAGGCAGUCUGGCGAUUUAAAGGGACACCCAUUUUAAAUAUUUUAAAGAAAAAUAUUGAGUCUAGCUAGAUUAAACGACAAGGUUUCUGUAAUUACAAACUCGUCAUUCCUAGCGAGAACAAUGCUUUUGAAAGCAAGGACAUUUUGAAAAUUGAGAAUUGGAGAGGCGCCACAUUGUGGACCAUGGUACCUCUUCGUCAACUUGUCCAUUUUGGAAGAAUUUUCUAUGCAACAAAGUGACAUAUUGACUCGGCAUACAGUGAUAGACUUCUAGACAAAUAUUCUAUCGAUUUAGCUCUACUUAACAUUUUCCUUUAGUGUCCCUUCAUGUUAAAUGCUUAAGGCCCUGUAUUUACAGGCCUGUGAAAGCCUGCGAGCCUUUUUUAGUGAACUUUUAGGGACCGUAAGUCUCUAUCGAGCUGUAUUUUACUGUCUCUGUACGUUUUCUGAUGUUAUGAAGACUAACCCUGUUCGAAUGUGCAUUUGAUGCUGUUUCUAUUGAAGGGGUUAUUUUUAUGUACUCGUCAUACCUGCAGCAGCGGUUCACUUUGAUGGUAAGGCACCCUCAACAGGGCUCGAUCUUUGUGCCUUAGAGCUGCCAGUUCCUGGCAGUUUACUUUUUCUUUAGUGACUAUCGUACUGUGUGGUUAUCUUCUUAAUUAGCAGCAGUUGUAUAACAUUCUUUUUCAGUCACUUGAUUUCCAUCAAAUUCUAUGAAUCUCUUUUCUACUCGCUGCAAACUUAAGUGCAAUAUGACUGAUGCUGUAGCUUGUUUUAGGCAAAAUAAAAUUUAUACCU